AAUCACAAUUACAAUUUACAGUAAAAAGGACAAAAGAAAAAAGUAGGAAAAACAAGGGUACACAUUGGACAUUUUACUUCUCCCGCGCUUCAAUCUGAAUUCAAAUUCCCGCGGCCCAUCCACAGCACACACAGUACACGCACUACACAACGCUCUACAAAUCUAUAACUCCACACCCCCCUCCCCCCCGUUCAAAAAUCCUAAUCCGCCAUGUCUAUGAUUCCCGCACUUCAUUUUCGAUAGUCUCUGUAGCUUUCGAAUUGGUUUGUUGGAAUGGCGUCUCGUGAUUCCCGCACAAAGGACCCUCUUUACAGCCGCAAGGAGAAAUCUCUCAGCGUCUUAUGUACCAAUUUCUUGAGGUUGUACAAUCGUGAUGGUGUGGAGUCUAUCGGACUGGACGCUGCUGCUCUCCAGUUAGGUGUUGAGCGGCGAAGAAUAUAUGACAUCGUGAAUAUUUUAGAAAGCAUUGGGGUUUUACGCAAAAAAGCUAAGAAUCAGUAUACUUGGAAAGGUUUUGGUGCGAUUCGUGGGGCUCUGAAGGUCCUCAAGGAACAGGGACUGAAAGAGGAGUUUGAUACCUAUGAUGCUAAUGUCUCAAAUUGGAAAGCAUGUAGCCUAUCUUCUGACUCAAAGAUGAAGUGGCAAGAAAAAUGCUCCGAACCCGAUAAAAGUGAACACAGGAGAGAAAAAUCAUUGGGGCUUCUGACGCAGAAUUUUGUCAAGCUUUUCCUUUGUUCUGAUGUGGAAUUACUCUCACUUGAUCGCGCUGCAUUAGCUUUGCUAGGGGAUAGCAACGACCCAACAGCGAUGAGAACAAAGGUCAGACGCUUGUAUGAUAUUGCAAAUGUGUUCUCAUCUAUGGAACUUAUUGAAAAGAUACGGGAUCCACAGAGUGGAAAACCGGCAUUUAGGUGGAUAGGUAUGGAAAGGACUUCCAAAUAUGGAUCUUCUGCUGCAUUGGAUGUGAAAAGCUCCAAGAGGAGAGUAUUUGGGACUGAGAUCAGUAAUACGGUAGUGAAGAGAUGCAAUGUUAAUUCUUCAAUUGAUUUGAAUAUGGGCAAAUGUUUGAAAGACAAAUCAAAAAGUGUAAAAGACGACUUAUCAACUGCGCAGCAUGAGAAGCACGUUUUAAAGGAGUUUGUGUUUGGUCCCUUCACUCCAAAUGUAACCAACUCAGAGGCGCAUUUAAACAAAAAUCAUAGGCGGAUACCAGACUGGGAGAAUCUCUCUUGUGCUUACCAACCACAGUAUCGCAACCAAGCAAUCAGUGACCUUUUUCAUCAUUAUGCUUCUGCAUGGAAAUCCUGGUAUGUUGAAGCUGAAGAGAAGCAGCAGACAGGACCUGCAUCCUAAUGCACCUUUAUUCUUUACUUUGAUUAUCUUCUCUUGAGAUUGGAGAGUAAAUUCUACUUGGAUGUAUUCUUUUGAUAUAGCAGUAGAAUACGAACAUCCUCUAGUACCAGUUCUUAAUAUGCCCAGCCACACGUGUCUUCCCUGGUCCGAGACAUUUGCUUGGGACAUGAUACUUCAUCACAUAAAUGAUACUUGUGUACAUGCUAACCAUCUAAGCAUUUGAUUCCAAAUACCACGUUUCAAUGGUGAAAAGUAUUGUCACGUCUUUUGCAAUUUACCUUUACGAAAUAGAGAUCAAAUUCAUCCCUAGUCAUGGGCUAAUUUGGCUCACCAAGUAUGAGUUGGUUUGUGGUCUUGUUAAAUUUUCUGUUCUCAUCGAAGGUGUUGUAAGUUGUGCCCCGUGGAAGAGAGAACUAAAGAGAUUGGAUAUGUAGUGUAACUGGAAAGAGAACUAGAGAGCAUCUAACUCUAGUAGAGCAUUCCAUGUAGAACGUAACCUGACUGUUUUACAAAGGCGUGAUGGGCUUCCAUAACCUUAACGCUUUGCUUCUUUGUCACCCUAUAUAAUUUUUUUCCAUUACAUGUGCUCUACCCUACAUUUCUUCCUCAUUUUUGUCAUAGAACUCAACCAUGAGAUAGUAGUGUAUCUUUCACUCCCAGGAGACUUAUUGUACAUCCGCCUACAUUUGUCACAUCUCACACCCAAACCCGAGUAUACCUCAACAGAGAUCCAGAGUUUGGGCAUUAUUUGCAUCAAUAUAAGUGUUAAAUAUCACUUGAUCAAUGAAAUAAAAGAGCAACAGCCUCACUCUUUGCCAUCUUGGGCAAAAAAUUAGAUCGACCCACAAGUACCCACAUGUGAAAAAAAAAUGCAACUGAAAUAUUUCUACUGCAAUUGAGAACAAAACUAUAGAAUGUGUUGAAAAUCAUGAAAUAGAUGAAUUAUUAUUCAGGACUCCAUACCAAUAUCUCCAUAAAUUAUUCAAACUUACUGUGUUCUAAAUCCCCCUUAUUUUUUGGGGGCCAAUUAGAGACAAAAAAAUGCAUUUUCAAUAAUUACUAUACUCUAGGAGACAAUUGUAAUCAACAAUAAAUUAAUAUUUAGGAUCGGUGAAGAAACUAUUUAUGGAUGGCAUGAUUUCAGGAGCUCUGUUGCGAACAAACUUCCUCAGGGCGUGUUCAGCAUACUU